CAGGCCCAUCACCACACCCGUCAUCGCGACACUUCAAAAAAAGGUCGAGAACCACGUACCGGGGGUAUCACGGGUGUCCCCGUAAAUCCGUACUGCUCUCCUGCGAAAGCAAAAGAAAAAGAUCCGGCUGCAAUCCGCUCGUUUGUGCGACGUUUUCCGUGCAGUGGAAGUGAUUUUCUUUCGCAUUCACUUGCGUUCCGUGUGACGAAACGAAACGAACCGUUCGGUAAACACAAUACAGACACACAGACACACACAGCAGAGAGAGCCCCCCGUGUUGUGGUAAAGACCGUGUCGAUACGUGCGUGCGUGUGUGAUUACUGUUGACGUUGAUUUGUUCCUUCGGUCGUUCCCCCUCCCCCCGCUCCCUCCUUUCGUCAUCGAUUGCACCAGAAGUGACCGCAAAAGGAGCGAAGUAAAGGAAAGAGUGAAGUGACCAACAAUCACCGAAAAAGGUGCGUGCGUGUGUGUAGGUGCCGAAAUAAGGAGAAAAAAAACACACACCCACAAACGACGGAACAUGACUCAUCAAGGCUGCCUUCGCUGAUUGCGAGAGCGCUCGUUGUUGUUGUUGCUGUUGUUGGCCCCGUUCCGUUCCGGUGCGACGGUGUUUGGGCAGAUAGGCCGCUAUCGCAAGAAGUGUUCCCGUUACACCACCCCUGCCCCUUAUCUAAACUGUCGGUUCGCCGUCCUUAUCAUACCGCAAAUCCAAACCCUAACAGCAGCAGCAGCCUCUAGGGAAGUGCGGUGUGUGACAAAGGGAGGACGGAGACGUGCGGAUACUCGAUUGCAGUGAGAGAAGGCCGUUUGGUUUUUACCUUGGUGCGUUCCAACAUUCAAAACAUACAUACAUAGCCACACGCACACACAAACACAUACACACACACACAUACAGAGGCGCGCGCGCACCGAAGUGGGAAGUCUGCGGCAUUUGCGGUGGCUGGAAAAAUUUACACAUCACACGUAACACAGCCGACGAGCACCGCAGCCGGACGGACGGUGGGAUCGUUCCGGUGGCAGCAGCUGCAGCAGCAAAUACCACCAUCGAAAACCACACCGCUACCGACACACACAUACACAUUGACGGUGAUAUUUCGCCGUGUGCUGUGGCUGGUCAUCAUAAAGUCGUACGGCAGCGCCAGACGGCAGCCAGACGUUGGCGCCCGCGCGGAAUCGACGGGUGCGACGGUUGCGAAUCGGGGGACGGUCCCCGAUAUCUAAAUAAAUCUCGUGUUUGUGUGGUGUGGCUGUGUGGUUGUGCUGUGCACACAACCCCCUCCCUCCCAGCAAGAGGACGGUUCGGUCGCAUCGGGCAGACACAGGACAGGCGGCACACGGUACUGCAUUUUUUCGGUGGCUGUGAGAGUGUGAGCGUGCAAGCGAGCGCGAGUGAGCGAGUGAGGUGAGCGAGUGUGUUUGUCUGCUCACGUACACAAAACAGCCGGAGGGAAGGGGAAGGCACGUUCCAAAGGCCCUCUUCUGCCGUCGCACGUCCGUACGCCAGCGGCCCGCGGAACCGUUCCGUUCCGUUCGGUGACAUUUCACAUUCAUACCGCUCGUUGCCUGUUGCUCACGCGCCCUUCCCUCCGCCCUUUGGUGGAAUGGCAACCGGAGGCAGUGGUGGAGUGGGCGGAGGCGCCAGCAGCAGUGCGCUCGGUGCGAUGGCAGCGGCCGUGCAGUCGGUCGCGGCCGCCGCCAGCCCGUCCGCGUCCGCGUCGUCGGCGAAUCUGGCCCCGCCACCGCAGCCCAUCACACCGUGGCCGAACAGCCGGGACGAUUACGAGCUGAACGAUGUGAUCGGGGUCGGCGCGACCGCCGUCGUGCACAACGCGUACUGCCUGCCGCGCAAGGAAAAGUGCGCCAUCAAGCGCAUCAACCUGGAGAAGUGGAACACGUCGAUGGACGAGCUGCUGAAGGAGAUACAGGCGAUGAGCAGCUGCAACCACGAGAACGUCGUCACGUACCACACCAGCUUCGUGGUGAAGGAGGAGCUGUGGCUGAUACUGCGGCUGCUCGAGGGGGGCAGCCUGCUCGACAUCAUCAAGCACCGGAUGCGGACGGUCAACUGCCGGCACGGCGUGUUCGACGAGCCGACGAUCGCGACCGUGCUGAAGGAGGUGCUGAAGGGGCUGGAGUACUUCCACAGCAAUGGGCAGAUCCACCGGGACAUCAAGGCGGGCAACAUACUGCUCGGCGACGACGGCACGGUGCAGAUAGCGGACUUCGGCGUGAGCGCGUGGCUCGCGACCGGGGGCGACCUGUCCCGGCAGAAGGUGCGCCACACGUUCGUCGGCACGCCGUGCUGGAUGGCGCCGGAGGUGAUGGAGCAGGACCACGGGUACGACUUCAAGGCGGACAUCUGGUCGUUCGGCAUUACCGCGAUCGAGAUGGCGACCGGGACGGCGCCGUACCACAAGUACCCGCCGAUGAAGGUGCUGAUGCUGACGCUGCAGAACGAUCCGCCGACGAUCGAUACCGGGGCGGAAGAGAAGGACCAGUACAAGGCGUACGGCAAGACGUUCCGCAAGCUGAUCGGCGAAUGCUUGCAGAAGGAACCGACCAAGCGUCCGACCGCGAGCGAGCUGCUGAAGCAUCCGUUCUUCAAGAAGGCGAAGGACCGGAAGUACCUGACGCAGACGCUGCUCGCGACCGGCCCGUCGAUGGAGACGCGCGUGCACAAGGCGGCGAAGCGGCAGGCGGGCGCGUCCGGCCGGCUGCACCGCUCGAUGACGGGCGAGUGGGUGUGGUCGAGCGAGGAGGAGGACAACGGGAAGAACGAUUCGGACGACUCGGAGACGGACGAGCGGCCGAUGAACCGGCUCGAGCGGAUGGACUCGUCCUCGUCCGAGACGGAGGACACGUCCGAGCGGUCCGGCGUCACCGUGACCGGGUCGACCACCCAGCCGACCGAUCCGAAAACGCUCGAAGCGACGGCGGCCGCGGUCGGCGCCAUGUCGCUCGGCGCGAUGGUACCGGUCAACCUGGUGCUGCGGAUGCGCAACGCGAACCGCGAGCUGAACGACAUCCAGUUCGAGUUCGUCGUCGGCAAGGACUCGGCGGAGGACAUUGCGGCCGAGCUGGUCGGGGCCGGGCUGCUGGACGAGCUGGACGUCGCGAUCAUGUCCGCCAACCUGCAGAAGCUGAUCGACCACCGGGGCACGCUGCGGACGGUCACGUUUCAGCUGCGGUCGGGCUGUGCGCCCGGCGAACAGCUCGACGAGAAGUCGCUCGUCGGCUUCGCGCAGAUUUCGAUCAAGUGAGCGGUGUGUCUGCGUGUUGUGUGGGGAAGAUCAGCACCACAGCUGGAGCAUGUGCACCAGGGCGCUUCUGUCGCUUCCUUUAAUUUCGUUUUUGUUUGUGUUGUGUUGUUUCGCGCUUCGAAUCAACCGUCAUCCCGGCACCACAAUGUUCUACACUUUCUUACCGAACUGUACCCGAAUUCAAUUCGCAAAACGCAUAGAUUUCGUCCCGCUUUUCCCACCGGGGAAGCAACGCAGGGAAACUCUGUUCAAAAACUUAAUGCGCGCGCGCGCGUGCGAGUGUUAUUUCUUUUGGCAUGUCCAAUAAGAAAUUCAGCUUUUAGACUGUGAGUGCGAGACGGCCGACCGGAAGGGAGAGAUAGAGAGAGAGAGAGAGGAAGCAAUCGAGGGUAAACAAAACGACCACUAGUAGGUUAGUAGGCGGUAGUAAUAAUAGUAGUAAACGGUAGCAGCUGCUACAGCAGAAGCAUUAGUUUUUAGCAUCGACACGGGGGAGUGCGCCAACACAAGAAGAGGUAGUAGUAACACGCAAAAGCCCCGGGCCAAAAGCAAAAAACACAAAGUGAGAGCGCCGUGAUAGACGAUAGCAAAUGUAUCUACAAGUUUGGCGCUUCAUUAACGCACCCGACACGUUCUUGUUUUUCCCCACUUUUGUUUCCGUGCACGAACGUACGAACUUGUUGGCCCAUAGACUUGUUGGCAAGCAAGAACGAAACGAAAAACCGAAAACCGAAAAGGCUUACUAGAGGCGCAGAAAAACAAAAAAAAAAAAACGUGCAGGAAAAAUGAAACAUGUCUCUAAAUAUACAUCUCCAGCCGUCAUCCGCGUCCCCACCACGGCAUUAGAUGAGGAGGGAAAGUAUCAUACGCGAUUAACAUCAGAAGGCACCUUGUCCUUGAUGCGAGGGCAGGCACGAUAUAAACACAGAGAGAGAGAGAGAGAGGAACACCGCGCCCUCCCGUAUGCCUUGCUGUAGUAGUAAGGUGAACGAAUAGUAUAUACACCUGUGUAGCGCCUGUGUGUGUACAUAUAUUUAAAAGAAAAAAGAAAGGUUGAAUGUAUUUACUUUGUUAAUCGUUUGCUUAUUACAUGGUCGACAUAUUUAGCCAACAGACAAACAAACACGAAAAAAAAGAUAACGAAAAUGGGAGUGUAAAAGGAGCCGUUUGUCAGCGGAAAGGAAGGAAGGGUGUGGGAGUUAGUGUAGGAAAACAAAAAUAUGGUUGCAUACUAGCGUUUUAGUGGUUGUUUGGUUUUUUUUUAAACGUGUGGAUACAAUGUUUCUUCACAGCAGCACUUACAAACAAAACUCCGGUGGACUUGGUGGAAGAGUUGUAUGGUAAAAGUGUUGCUUUCCGAUUGAAUAUAAAUAAACCGAGACAUACAGACGCCCGUAGAAACUCCUUGUAGAAGUACUAUUUCAAAUUAAAAUUAAAAUACAACGGCCACAACAUCACCCAUCCAAAUUACCGCGCGGAGGAAACGGAAGUAUCUAAAACAAAAAAUCAAGGGCGCCGAUUGCAGCAUAACCGAUGCAUGCAAUAAAAAAAAGCUAGGUAUAUUAGUAAACUGCGUAUGCAAACCGGCCACACUGUAUUUCAUUUUUAGUGGAAUUGAGCUUUAAAAAAGCCGUAAUGUUAUAAUAUCCGCCAGCUCAGCACAGAAGCAAAAGGAAGUAAAAAAAAAAAAGAACAAACCAAAACCCAGGCCAGUGUAUGUGUGUAACCUGUAACCCCUGCGUAACAGUUUUGGGAUGCUUUUGGGUUGGUUUUUUUUCUUCUUGUCUUGCGUGAAACACACGUUUAGUUUUGACUGAUAAAAGCAAAAAAAAAAUGAAAGUAUAGUUUUGAGCAGUAGCGUUUAUGAAGUUGCAAGUUACUUGAAAUGAAAGCAGCAGAUCAGAGCGGAUAUGCAAUGAACGAUGGAGAGAACCCCGUAUCAAAGUUAAGCAAAAUAAAGUAUAUCGCUGCACAAAAGUGUA